AUGUUUAUCCAAACCGAGACAACUCCCAACGAAGACUCGCUCAAAUUCAUUCCUGGCGUCUCUGUCAUGGAGACAGGCUCCGCCGAAUUCCUCGACACGCGCACGGCGCUCACCUCCCCCCUCGCGCUGCGCCUGAUGGGUAUCGAGGGCGUCCGCGCGGUCUUCUUCGGGCCUGACUUUGUCACGGUCUCCAAAGACUCCGAGAAUCCGUGGUCCGUACUGAAGCCGGAGGUCUACUCCAUUCUCAUGGAGUUCUUCUCCUCCGGGCAACCACUAUUCCGCUCUGACGCGGAUCGAGACAACGCGGGUCCACAGGACACGCGCAUCCUCGAUACAGACUCGGACACUGUUGCGAUGAUCAAGGAAUUGCUUGAUACCCGGGUGCGCCCGGCGAUCAUGGAAGACGGAGGGGAUAUCGAGUACCGUGGGUUCACGGAUGAGGGGAUCGUACAAGUCAAGCUCAAGGGGAGCUGUAGAGGGUGCGAUUCGAGCACGGUCACGCUCAAGUCGGGCAUCGAACGGAUGCUCAUGCAUUAUAUUCCGGAGGUGCAGGGCGUGGAGCAGAUACUAGACCAGGAAGAGAGCAUCGCGAUCGAGGAGUUCAGCAAGUUCGAAGAGCGGCUUGCUCAGAAGCAGAGCCAGGCUGAAAAGCGUGAUCCAAGGUAA